UGUUUUCCUAUUAUUAUCAAUGUAUUGUUAUUCAAACGCAUAGUAAACGGGCUUGAAUUUCAUUUAUAUCUCGUUGUUUAUAUUAUUAGUGAAAAACAUACGCGGUAGUGCAUAAAAUAACAGUGUAUCACAUGACAAAUCAGAUCAAUGACUUCCUUGGUGGUUGACAAGUCGGGUUCGGGAUUCUGUCGUUUUGACCCUCUCAUUUAUCUGCGAUUGUGUUAGUUAAAUCGUGAGAAAUUAAGUUUUGCGGUAUAUUAGUGUAGUGACAAUGGGGUGUGUUGAGUGUUGUGGAUAUAUAACAACAGUAUAAUGGAAACUGAAUUACCGCCCGGCAGCUGUAAUUCUACUGGACAUCUGUCCACUAUUGGAUGGCACAUGCCAGGUCGUAUGCACCACUCGGCGAGCACGCCGGCGGGCGUGGACGGAGGCGCCCGCACGCCGCCCGCCACGCCCAAGAAGGGUGGCAAGAUGCUCGCCGUGCGAGUGCAGAUGUUGGACGACUCCAUAUCAAUGUUCCAGAUACAGUCAAAGGCACACGGUAAAGUUCUGUUCGAUCAAGUCUGCAGGCAACUUCAUUUGUUGGAGGCUGAUUACUUCGGGCUUGAAUAUCAAGAUGCUAACGGGAUAAAGUACUGGCUGGAUGUGGAGAAGCCGAUGUGCCGUCAGGUCGGCCUGUCGAUGCUGGAGCCGACCCUCCGCUUCUGCGUCAAGUUUUACACCCCAGACCCGGCGCGGCUCGAGGAGGAGUUCACCAGAUACCUGUUCUGUCUCCAAGUGAAACGUGACCUGAUGCUGGGGUGCAUACAGUGUAAUGAGAACACCGCCGCGCUCAUGGCCAGUUACAUAGUACAAGCGGAGUGCGGAGAUUUUGUCCCGGAAGACUACCCUGACCACACGUACCUCAGCGGGUACAAGUUCUUCCCCGGACAGGACGCAGACUCGGAGAGGAGAAUCAUGGAGAAUCAUAAGAAACAUAUCGGUCAGAGUCCGGCGGAGGCUGAUUUAAAUCUGUUAGAGACAGCGCGCAGGUGCGAAUUGUACGGUAUAAAGAUGCACUCAGCGAAGGAUCACGAGGGCGUGCCGUUGAACCUGGCGGUGGCUCACAUGGGCAUCGCCGUGUUUCAACACUGUACGCGCAUCAACACCUUCAGCUGGGCCAAGAUCCGGAAGAUAUCCUUCAAGCGGAAGAGGUUCCUCAUUAAGCUGCAUCCCGAGGGAUAUGGCUACUUCCGAGACGUGGUGGAAUUUUUCUUCGAGAGUCGAAACGAGUGUAAGAAUUUUUGGAAGAAAUGCGUAGAGAACCACGGCUUCUUCAGAUGUACCAGCGUACCGCGGCUUCCGCGACACAAGACGCGCGUCAUGUCAAGAGGAUCGUCUUUUAGGUACAGCGGUAAAACACAGAAGCAAAUAGUGGAAUUCGUAAGGGAUAACUACGUGAAGCGGCAAACAUUCCAAAGGUCGGGGUCGUUCCGCGCGCGCUCGGCGGCCGGCUCGGGCUCGGGGCCGGCCACGCCCGCGCCGCUCGCCGCCGCGCUCUCCGCCCACCCGCUGCUGCCGCUGCCGCCCGGCUCGGACGCGAUUUCCCUGGAGUGGGACAAACAACCUCACUACCUGGAGGCCUCUCUGAUGAUGAAGGGCUACUCGGCGGAGGAGGCUCGUGUGGCGGCGCGCCGCGCCAGCGUUCGCCCACACCCACCAGUUACCGCCUUCACCUCCACGAGGGACAAACUAACAAAACUGUACUGCAAUCAAAUCGCGGGUCCAGAAGUAGUGACCCAUGCAGAGGUCAAUCAUCUUCCUAUGGAGGAUUCGCUUCCGCCUCAUCAGACGACGACGCCGUUGACAUCCCCGGAGAGUACCUGGAUGGCGGAUGCGGAGGAAGGUGGUCGCGCGCGCGCACCCACUCCACCGCCUCGUGGGCCGCGCCCCUCGCCAGAUGCGACCAACGAGCACACGGUGUCGUCAGCGUCUCUGUGUAUGUCUCCGGAGUCUGCGGGCCCCCUGCAACCCAGUAUAACCUCGGCCCCCCCACAGACCCCCCUACCCUCGGCCCCCUUACACGCGUCGACUCCACUUCACACGAACGGCUACAGGGACAAUGAUGACGACAAAAGAAACAGCGACACCGUUAAUGGAAAUAUACACGUCAACGUUGUAUCGGCGUCAACUAACAACAUGGACGUCCUGAGCGGCGGCGAGAGUGACGCCGGGGACACUCUGUCCAGAAGAAACAACAACAGUAUAUCGUCUGGGGUUGUGACGUCAGCGGACACCUGCAAGAAGCACGGCGCGGACGUGACGUACUACGUCGCCAAGGAACUGCUGAUGACUGAGAGGACAUACAAGAGGGACCUCGAGCUCGUCACUGUGACGUGGUCAAAGCGUGUGAGUUCUAUGGGUCGUGUGGAGUCUUCGGGGUCGGAGGCGGGUGCUCUGGGCCGCGCGUGUCUCGCCCUGGAGCCUCUCGCGCUGCCCGUGGGUGCUCUGCUGGCUAAACUGGACCGAGCGCUCGCACCGGAACAUAUACAAGACGCGGAUAUGGAAGGCCUGCUGGCGUUACCGGCUGGGCCGUUAUUAGAAUAUCUCGACAGGAUCUUAUCUGCCAUAGACUUACCGAUACGGAACGGCGCCGAGGACCCGGAGUACAAGGCGGUUGCCGAACUGCUGCACGACUAUUUGACGACUACAUGUGAUGCGUACAAGUCGUACAUAUCGAGCGCGGGGACCACGGUGGGUCUGGUGGAGAGCGCCCGGCGUCGCGGGGGCGCGGGCUCCCGGCACGCCGCGGCCUUCGACGCCGGCUCGCCGCUGCCGCUCGCGUGUCUGCUGCUGCGGCCGCUGCACCGGUUGCAUCACUACGAGCACCUCGCCGAAGAGCUGUGUCGCGUGUCGCCCCCGGCCUUGUGUCGUAUGUCUCGCGACGCCCUCGCUCUGUGUCGGCAGCUGUGUCGCGCGGCGGACGACCAGCUCACACACGUCGAGAACCACGCUACGCUGUGUCAACUACAGAGAGACUUGCUAGGUUACGACAAACUACUAGUAGCCGACCGCGAGUUCGUCAGAUUGGGCUGUGUGUACAAACAUUCUCCCAAAGGACUUCAGCAGAGAAUGCUGUUCCUGUUCAGCGACAUCCUGAUACUAUCGUCCAAGAGUGCGAGCGGACACUUCCGCGCUCACUCGGCGCUGGCGGCGAGAGGACUCGUCGUUGAGAAAACAGACCAGGCGCAUACAUUCACCGUCACAGGCGAAGACACGGUAAUAACGUUGAGCACGAGCAACGAAACAGAAUACCGCGGCUGGUUCAAUGACCUCACGCGUACAGUGGACGCGGCGAACAAAACUAACAAGGUCAUCGACACUGAGCUCACACCGUACCUACAGGACUACGAGACGUCUAACUCCGAGGAGUGUUCCACUCCAGGCGCUAACAACGGCUCCAGCUCAGGGAACGCCUUGGCUCACGUGUGCUGGCAUCGGACCACCUCACUCUCCCGGCGACAACUGCAUCUGGCUAUGAGGAGCCAGUUGUCGGGGUACCUGCUCCGUAAGUUCAAGAACUCUCACGGCUGGCAGAAGCUAUGGGUCGUGUUCGCUCUGUGUACGCUGUUCUUCUACAAGACGGGCAGGGACAGCGCGCCGCUGGCCUCGUUACCGCUACUGGGGUACAGCGUGGGCCCGCCGAGUGCUGGCGACGGGAUCGACAAAGACUUCGUGUUCAAGCUGCAGUUCAAGAACCACGUGUACUUCUUCAGAGCCGACAGCCAUUACACUUAUAAUAGAUGGAUCGAGGUUCUUCAAGCGCCGAUGGCGAAGCCGCCUCUCAGUUGAAAGCGACGACUGAUAAUGAUAUUUUUUUUAUUAAAAAUGAUUUACGAAUGAUUACAAGCUAUCACAAUGGUGCCAUAACAACUAAUUUUGCCGGAAGUCUUGCCUUCGCUGUGUGACAGGCAGUGACGGCUAUUGGAUUUAUACUUCAAAAGUACAUUAAAGUCUUAAGAAACAAAAAAAUAUAUAUAUGUCGAUCUGAAUAUAGAUAAGAGAAAUAUCUGUCCGGAGAGGCACAGAGAUGGCGGCUUGAGCGUAUUGACUGUAAGAAAUGAAAAGACGAUAAAUAAGUAUAGUUUAUGAUGAAAUACAAAGAACUGGUUGAAUAGUACAAUUGUAGCUAGGAAUUAAAUAUGGCGUAGCGCUCCCCAGCGACGGCAGCGCGGCGGGCGGCCGAUAAGUUUUAUAUAAUUUUUUCCGCUGCGUUUCAGGCGUCAAACACGAGAACGUCUAUGUUAAAUAAGUAUUCAGACUCACGCGAGUGAUUUAGGUUAAGUUGUUAAUCGCAGUGACUUCGGUCGAAGAUAUUAAUACUACAAAACCCCUCUGGUUCCACUCGUAGGUGUCCUAACAUAAGUUUUCGCUGUCAAACUGAAUAGAGCGUUACUACAGUUCAGUCACAGCCCGCGCCGAAACGACCGUUAGUGAAGGUUUGAAUUUAGAAUAUUGAAAACGUUCCGUAUUCGGUUUGGGCGCACAAACUUGUGGUAGAUAGUAGAUACUGUAGUUGAAUGCUGAAGAUACGAUAUUAGAAUAUAAUAUAUACAACACUCUUACCAGUCUGUGUCGUCACCCUACACGAGACAUUCAGUCUUUUUUAUUCCUAAAUGUACCCACAUGAUAAUAUCAACGUAGAUUGAUACAUUUAAAACUUACAAACGUUCCGUGUAUAGUUUUACGAUACAGACUCGGGGUAAGGGUACAUAAUAAUUGUUACAAAAUAAUAUACAAAUAGAUUCGAAAUUCAAACGAGUUGUAUUUAAUGUAAUUAAUAUUUAAAAGUUUUUAUUUCGUAUGGCAGAAUGUUGUGUACCAAAGCGUCUUUAAUAAAAAAAAAUGUAAUAUAUAGACUUAUGGUUAAUAUGACACGCCGGAAUGCUAAUUCGAGAAUUUCGUUACAAAUGGGGGCUGGACCAUAUAUAAGGUUAGUUAGUGUCAAUAUAAUUUAGAUAAUAUUUUUUACUAAUGAUUAUGUCGUAUCGUCUGGAUGGGGAUGUAUUGCGUCGCGGUGAGUGCGUCUUAUUUAUUGAACAUCACAUGGUUAAACAUAUUAUUAUAUUUGUACAAAUAAAUUGGAUUUAAUUCAA